AUGGCUGGAGCAGAUCUUUUCGAAAGCUAUACAUCCGAAGCUGGCUAUUCAUUGGCGGCGAGAAAGCUCCCCGAUCCGUCGAAGAACAGAGCCUCCGCCGUGGAUCCACACACGGUACCGUUCCGCCUGAGUUUGCUACAAUUACGUCUGAUUGAUCAUGGAACAAGUGAGGCAGGGGCUGGUUUGGAUCAUGGAACAAGUGAGGCAGGGAUUGAUACUAGUGAAGACAGUGGUGAUGAUGAGGAUGAAUAUGAGGUAGACCCGGAAUAUGAACAAGAGGAUGACGGAGUGGAAGUAAAUGAUAUUGCUGAGAAACAAUUGAUUAGGAAAGGUAAAAGGCCUAUAGAGAUUGAUGUAGGUAAUGAGACUUUUCAAGAAGAUUCUGACAUUGAAUAUGGUGCACAUGAUAGCUCCACAGAUGAUGAGGACACUACUGAAACUGUUGGUGAGGACAGUGAGCCACACAAACCAAACAAGAGGUCCAAAAAAGUCAAGAUGCCAGAGUUGCCUGAGUUUAACACUACAAUUGACAUGGCCAAACCCAAAUUCAAGUUAGGAUUAUCCUUUCCAUCUGGUGCAGUGUUUAAGAAAGCAGUAAGGGAGUAUUCAAUACAAAACGGGAAGGAUAUAUUCUUUAAGAAGAAUGACCCGCACAGGGUUAGAGCACAAUGUAAGGGUGUAAACUGUCCUUGGGUAUGUUUUGCUUCGAAAAUUGAUGACACUCCUACCUUUGUCAUCAAAACAUUGAAUGAUGAACACAGGUGUUCUAGGACAAAUACUAACCGAUUCGCAACUUCCAAAUGGUUGAGUGAGAAGUAUUUAGAGGAGUUUAAGAUCAAUGAAAAGUUGGGUGUUUCCUCUUUCGUGCACAAAGUUAACAAAGACCAUGUGCUAGACAUAACAAGGGACAAGGCAUACAAAGCUCAACUUUUAGCAACAAAAGCCAUUGAAGGAAGCUAUGAAGAGUAGUAUGAUGCUCUUUGGGACUAUGCCGAGGAGAUUAAAAACACCAAUAGGGGUUCAACUGUGGAAUUUUUGACUGAACCAGGUGAGAAUGGAAAACCAAGGUUCAAGAGGAUGUAUUUAUGCUUUGCUGGGUUGAGGGAAGGUUUCAAUGGAGGAUGCAGACCAGUGAUUGGUUUAGAUGGAGCUCAUAUUAAAGGGGUUCAUCCUGGGCAACUUUUGACAGCAAUUGGAAUAGAUGGAAACAACCAGAUGUAUCCUAUUGCCACUGCCGUGGUUGAAAUAGAGAAUAAGGAUUCAUGGAGUUGAUUUCUCAAUCUACUUAGAGUUGACUUUAUAAUUGAGAACUCUAAUCACUGGACCUUCAUAAUAGACAAGCAAAAAGGCUUAGAGCAAGCUUUGAAAGGAAUGUGGGAUGAAGGGAUACCUGAGGCCGAGCAUCGACAUUGUGCUCGACACUUGGAGAAGAACUUCAUUAAGGUGUUCAGGGAUAAAAUCCUUAAAGACUUAUUGUGGAAGGCUGCUAGAGAAGUGACUGUUAGAAGGUUUUGAAGUUGUGAUGAAUGAGAUUAGAAUGGUCAAUGAAGCAGCUUAUGAGUGGUUAAUGGCUGCAGGACCAAAACACUGGGCUAGGUCACACUUUAGGACUAAUCCUAAGUGUGACAUUUUAUUGAAUAACAUGUGUGAGGGUUUCAAUGGGACACCGGCAAUAUUGGCAGCAAGAGAUAGACCCAUUUUGUCUAUGCUAUAGCGUAUCUAGAUGUAUUUGAUGCAAAGGAUCAGCAAAAAUAGACAGUCAGUUGUCAGAUGGGAGUCCAACAUUGCUCCAAAAAUUGCCACAAUUCUUGAGAAGAACAAGGUUGAGGCUUCAUCCCACAUACCCACAAAGUCUUCAGAUGACAUUUACCAGGUCCAUAACAUGUAUGGGGGAAUGUACUUAGUUGAUUUGAAAGCAUGGGUAUGUUCGUGCAGAAGAUGGGAAUUGACCGGCAUUCCUUGUAGUCAUGCGGUGGCUGCGAUUUGGCAAAGAAGGAAAGAUCCAGAUCUCUAUGUCAGCAAAUGGUAUACCAAAUAGCACUACAUGAAGGCUUACUCAGUGCAGAUUUUUCCAAUUAAGAAUCAAGAUGAGUGGCCUAUAAGUGGAAAGCUUGGAAUGGUUGGCCCAAUUAACAAAAAACAGUCUGGUAGGCCAAAGAAUAGCAGGACUUUGCAACUUGAUGAAGUAGCUACCAGAAAGAAGUUGAAAAGAAGAUACAUUAGCAUUAGAUGUUCUGGUUGUGGUGCAAAGGGACACAACUUCAGAACAUGUUCAAGAAACAACAAAAAAUCGGCAAACAAAGCUCCUCUACAAGAUCCUUCUACUGAUGAGAGGAAUAGUGAUCCUUUACCUCACGGUUCUGUGAGCUCUUCUUCACAACAGGCUGCUUCAGAAGUCACGAAUCCACCACAG